GAUACUCUACUGCAGCCCCGUGCUCCUGUUCACCAUCCUGGACAAGCUGCAGCAGGCCGUCCCCAACGCGUCCAUCACGCAGCACUUCAUCAAACAGUGGAUACACGACACAGACUGCUUCAUGGGCCUCCACGACAGAAAGCUAUGCGUUCUCGGCAUCUGCACGUUACUGGAGAUGGGCCCCUGCCGGCCUCCGCUCGAGGCCGUGCUGCCGAGCAUCCUGCCGUCGUGCCUGGUGCUGUUCGACGGCCUCAAGCGCGCGUACGAGGCGCGCGCCGAGGCCGACGAGGACACGGAGUCCGAGGACGAGGAGGACGACCAGGACGAGGAGGUCCUCUCGAGCGACGAGGACGACAUAGACGACAUGAACAACGAGUACUUGGAGAACUUGUCGCGUAUGGCCGUCAAGACUGCCGCCCAGCAGGGCGUCAACAUGACCGCCAACAUAGAAGACUAUGACAGCGACUCGGACGACGAGGACUACGAGCCGGACGAGACCGCCAUCGAGUGCUACACGACGCCCCUGGACGACAGGGAUUGCCCGGUCGACGAGUACGUCAAGUUCAAGGCGGCGCUUUCAGGCAUAUCAACGACGGAGCCGGCGUUGUACCACGCGCUCACCCAAGUGUUGAACGAGGAGCAACAGAAGCUGCUGAGCGCCGUGCUGGUGCUCGCCGACCAGAGGAAAGCGCAGCAGGACAGCAAGCGCAUCGAGCAGAGUGGGGGUUACUCAUUCACAGUGCCCGCUCAAGUCCCAACGAAAUUCAAGUUCGGAUCGUAAUCACACAACAGUGCUUCACAUACACGAACACAGACAAUUAUAGUACGUGCGUUAAAACUUAUUUAUUAUCAAAAAUGUCGCGUAUGGAGCGGAGUCAAGCGUUUAAAACGCAUGUUAUGUAUUGUUAGCAUUGAAAAUGGAAUUUUUCGAUAGAUUACAUAAUGUAUUUUUAUAUAUCUGUUACGAAAAACCCCGAUUACGAGUAACGAAUGACUUGCGCUUAUAAAGGAGUAGAUUAGUUUGCUUGGUGAAUCAUAGUUGUAUAUUUUAACAGAUAUUUUGAUCCUUCGUUAAUAGUAAUUAACUUAUCAAUGCCUACUUUAAAAAAGGUUUUUAAAUUUCAUAAUUAAGAUUUACAUUUCUGCUAGUAUGUGUACUACAGAUACAAAAUGUGACGUUCUCAAGCAAAAGGUACCGUAAGGAUGAAAUUUGCACGAAUAACCUGUUAGAGCGUCUUGUCGAAAGCGACAAUGUGGUACCUUCUGCUUGAGAACGACACAAAUUUUAAAUAAAAUUUUAAAAAUCUGAAAAUUCAUCCUUGUAUUCGUAGCGAUGUCCAUUUUUUUUUCGCUACAUACAUGGCAAAAUACUCUAUUUGUUAAGUUAACUCAAAUAAUGAAUUAAAUAGCAAAGGUUGUUGAAUGUUUUCGUUCCCAUGGUGCAGGCACUGCGCACGUUUUUAAUAGUUAUUUACGAUACAAGUGAAGAAAAUAGGAAAUUCGCAACCAGUAUUUAAAUCGACACGAGUUGCGAACUACCUAUUCGUACGUGUAUCGUACAACGUUUUACAUGUACUUUUGCAUUUAGGUAUAGAAGUAACAUCGGCGUGAAGGCCCGGCCUAGAAAUUUGCGGCUAACGCAUAUAUGCGGUAUUGGCGGUCGAUGUAUGUAUGGUUGACGAUAUAAUAAAAACAGAUCAACUUGUUUUGAGCAAAGAUUCAUUUAUUUUGUGAAUGGUUCAACUCUUUGUACUACGUUAUAUUAAGUAUAUGAUCCAUUAUGGCUGGAGCUUAUAACUGCCAUAAUAAUUGAUUGGUUAUUUUCAAUACGACCGUAACUAUGGCAACGUGUGACAGAAGUUGAUUCACCCAUAUCAAAGAUAUAUUGAUUGAGAUGUGUAACAUCUAAGACAAUUUCGUGCUUCGAAUUUGACAGGUAAACAAGAUGGCGCUGUACAGCUCCAUACAUUUUGCGGUAACUGACUGGAAAAGUUGACGUUUGACAAUUUGACCGCAAAACAUGGCGCAGUACAGCGCCAUCUGUUUUCGAUGUUAAACUAAGGGGCGCAGUUUUUUCCUAAUAUAAUAACAAUUCAGCCUAUACGUCCCACUGCUGGGCACAGGCCUCCUCUCAUGUGCGAGAGGGCUCGGGCUAUAGUCCCCACGCUAGCUCAAUGCGGAUUGGGGACUUCACACACACCUUUGAAUUUCUUCGCAGAUGUAUGCAGGUUUCCUCACGAUGUUUUCCUUCGCCGAAAAGCUAGUGGUAAAUAUCAAAUGACAUUUCGUACAUAAGUUCCGAAAAACUCAUUGGUACGAGCCGGGAUUUGAACCCGCGACCUCCGGAUUGAAAGUCGGACGCCAUAUCCACUCGGCUAACACCGCUUUUUAGUUUUUUCUUAGUUUUACCUAAAUUACAAUCAAUCCUGUUUAAUAUAACAUGACUGUCAAGAUAAAGUGUAAGACACCUAACCGAGGCAAGGGUUUCACCUCGGAAUGAGAAACUCCUAUCUUCGUUCUGGCUCUCUAAAAAUUCACUGAAAAAUAACAUAAUUUUGACAAAGAGGGGUCAUGUUUUGUACUAAAGGACCAUGGGCAAAUUUGUAUGGGCAUUGUCCCCACCCACCAACAGAAACGAAACAUGUCUCAUUCAAUAGGUCUUGGCAACCUGAUGAUUUGUUACUAUGACGAGGAUCGCCUGCAACUGUCAAUGAAAUGAGCGAAAAAUAUAUAAAAACAAAAUACAGUUUUCCAAGAAAACCCCAUGCAUACGAUCCUCGUCAUAGUAACAAAUUCAAUUUUUUCAAUUCAAAUAUACUUUAUUCAUGUAGGCCUAGCAACAAGCACUUAUGAAUAGUAAGACAGUAUUACAUAUAAUUAUCUUAAUCUAAUUAUCAGAGCAAUUUAUUCAUGUUGUAAACAUUAUUCCAUAUAUAAUACUAAUGAAUAUAAUUCAUAGAUCAAAUUUAAAACUAAAACUUUCACAAAAUACAGUCAUACAAAAAAAAAAUAUAUAAAAAAUACUAGAUUGUUUCUAGAAUAGUAUUCUAGACUAGUUUCUAGACUUCAAAUCAUCAGAUUGCCAAGAUCUAUUGAAUGAGACAUGUUUUGUUUCUGUUGGUGGGUGGGGACAUUUCUGCCCAUGGUCCUUUGUCUCAGUUAAACGUUUGAGGGAGAAUCAACUUUUUAGCGUCACUCGUUGCCAUGGUUACGAUUAGUUGUCCAGGGGACAAAAGUUCAUUGAAAUACUGAUUUUAUGGUACUUAAAUGUAUCAAACUUGUGUUUUUGUGGUCGUUAUAACCAAUGUCCAUAAUGGGCCCCCUACUAAGCAUGUUAAUAGAACUGCAUACAACGUCUCUUCAAACAAACUGUGCCACUGUUGUCCCUUGGACAACUGGACAGGAUAACAAAACAAAAAAAGUUGAUUCACCCUUGAAUGAAUCUUUACCAUGCGUUGACAGUUGGUCAGCGUCUCGUUUAGGUUAAUUCCAGUGACUAGUUAUAAGAAACCACGUCUAAUCGUCUGUGUUCGUUGUUACAAUCGUUGAUUUUAUUUAUUGGUUAAUCGCUUAACGCGUUUAUAUUUUGUACUGUCUACAAGUACAGUCAAUUUAUUAAAUAUAGAUACGGACAAGCUGCCAAAAAUAAUGUAUACACUACCUUAAUAUGUGGGCAAUGAAAACGUGUAUACAUAUUUUUGGCAUUUGGUUCGCAUCGAUAUUAUCGGACGUGACAGUACAUGCGCAAAGGCGGAACAAUCUAAAGACUUAUCCUUCCGCAGCCCGGAGGCCUAUACAAAGGUCGCCCGGUUCGUUGAAUUGACAAAUCAAAAUUAUGAAUCCACACAAAUUAUAAAAAACCUUUAUAAUUUGUAUUCGAACACCGAGCAAUUCCAAUUAUUUAGUCAUUAAUGUCUACUUUUGUUAGCGAUUUACUUGACUUUUUCUAAAAAUCUUAGUCUAAAUAUGUGCGCCGGAAAGCACAAGUGUUAUUUUAAACGUCAUCUAUGAAAAUAUGACGUUUACCAAAGAUUUGAGUAAGAUGUGUAAAAUCUAAGACAAUUUCGUGCUUCGAAUUUGACAGGUACACGAGAUGGCGCUGCACAGCUCCAUACAUUUUGCGGUAACUGACUGUGAAAAGUUGACAUUUGACAAUUUGACCGCAAAACAUAUGGCGCAGUACAGCGCCAUCUGUUUUCGAUGUCGAACUAAGGGGCACGUUUUUUUCUUAGACUACCUCUCUAUUACAAUCAAUUCUCUUUGCGUAUACUUAACACUAACGCUGUCUGGGCUAUCAAAAUCGUUGCUAACUUAGCUUGGUUGGACUUUACUAUUCGAAAAUAAUAUACAUGCACUAAAUA